CCCAGUGUAGACAGACUUCACCCUUAGCCUAUCCUAAAAUCAGAGGGGAUGGGCCACUACAAAAACUGACUCAAGACUGAAAAAACUGUCAGUCAACAGAGUAAUGAGUUAGAAGAACAGACACAUGGGCUCGAGGGGCAGACCAGACAGUUGAUUUGCUGACACUUUUUCCAGAAGCACCCAGAAGAAGUGUUACUUUGAAAACUAGUAUUUUGUUACAUCUGCCUUGAACCUGGACAUAAUACUCAGUCAUUUUUUUCAGUACAGCUGUCUAGCAUUGACAGAAAACCUGGUGGAGUGUUUUGUUCUUUCAAAACCACAGGAGAUACCCUCACUGUUUGUGUCAGACAGUGGUCAUAUCGGCUGAGACACUGAGCAGCAUGUCAAAGGAGGUGAAGUCAGAGAGCGUGUCGCUGUGUCCCGUAGGCAAGGCAGCUGCCCCUGAGCCAGAGCUGCUGUGUAUCUUUGGGACAGGGGACUUGGGGCGCUCUCUGGGCCAGCGUCUGCUCCAGUCUGGCUACAGGGUGGUAUAUGGCAGCCGUAGACCUCACAGCUGUGGCCCCUUGCCUCAGGGAACUCAGGUGAUGAGCCAUGCGGCAGCAGCCCAGUCAGCCAGUCUGGUCUUUGUUUGUGUUCACAGAGAACACUAUGACUUCCUGGAGACGCUUGCACCUCAACUCAAGGGGAAGGUGCUGGUGGACGUCAGCAACAACCUAAAGAAGAAUUUAUAUCCAGAGGCCAAUGCUGAGUAUCUGCAGAGGCUGGUCCCUGGAGCUCAUGUGGUGAAAGCUUUUAACACUUUGUCUGCCUGGGCCCUGCAGAAUGGACCCUCAGAUGCCAACAGACAGGUGUACCUGUGUGGAAACAGUGCUGAGGCAAAGCAGGGAGUAGCAGAUACAUCCACCAAAAUGGGCUUCACUGUCCUGGACAGGGGGUCUCUGUCUGCAGCCAGAGAACUGGAGGAUUUCCCCCUGCAGCUGUUUCCAGAAUGGAGGCUGCCACUUCGCCUGGCCAUCGGUCUCACCAUCUUCUUCUUCCUCUAUGUGGUCCUUACAGAUGUAAUCUAUGCGUAUGCCAAAGAGAAGAAAGACAUCUCUUUCAGAAUCAUGGUGUCCCUAGCCAACAAGGUGUUUCCCAUUGUGUCGCUCAUCAUGUUGUCUCUGUGCUACCUGCCUGGUGUCAUAGCUGCCUUCCUUCAGCUCUACAGAGGAACCAAAUACAAGCGUUUCCCUGACUGGCUGGAUCGUUGGAUGCUGUGCAGGAAACAGCUGGGACUGCUGGCACUUGGUUUUGCCUCUCUACAUGUGCUCUACACCCUCAUCAUCCCCAUCAGAUAUUAUGUGAGAUACAGACUUGCUGCUCAUACCAUCUCACAGAUCAGGGAAAACAAAACGUCAGAGUUUGACACCACCAUGGCCUGGCGUACCGACUCUUACUACGCUGUGGGAAUUCUGGGAUUUGCCGUGUAUCUCCUGCUGGGAAUAACCUCCCUCCCCUCCGUCAGCAAUGCUCUCAGCUGGAGAGAGUUCAGCUUCAUACAGUCCAAGCUGGGCUACCUCACAUUGUUCCUCUGUACCUUUCACACCUACCUGUACGGCUGGGACAAGUUCCUUAAACCCUCCUACUACAAAUGGUACAUUCCUCCGGCCUACAUGCUCAGUCUGGUGUUGCCUUCUGUAGUGUUGGCGGUCAAGCUGCUGCUCCUCCUGCCCUGCGUGGACCGCAGCCUUACCCGUAUUCGACAGGGCUGGGAGAGGACUGAUCCAGAAGCUGACAGCAAGCGAUCACUGCUAACAUAGAGCUAUGACAGUUACAGUCACAGACACAAAAACAUUGGUAUGCACAGAAAACAGACACAAAGCACUAUAUGUCACUGUGACUGACCAAGAGCUCUAUCACCAGGUAACCCCAGCUUGUUUUUUUUUUUUGGGAUGUCACAGACCCACCACUAUGAAAUUACACCAACUGUUCUACUCUCUAUAGUUAACAAAAUCAGCAGAGGAAACAUUCGGUCUUUCUUGAUGUAAUCCUAUUGGAAUUUAUCCAUUUUGUAAACAUAGUAUAUGAUACAAUGGAACUAUAUAGGUUGUACAAAUACCUUGGACCUACACAGAAUCACAGACACAUAUUGAACCAGCUAUGGUGCAUUUCAAGCAGCAGGCCCUCACCUUUGUAAGCUCAUGUCUUUUUCUCUACUGGAGUUUAAUAACUGCACUAUACCCAUGUACAUUCAGUAUUGUUACAGACUCUAACUCAGAGAGCAGUUUAACCAUCUCUGAUUGUUUUAUAUCUUUCAUAUAUGGUGGCUUAUGUUUAUUAGCUCACACCUUUUUAUGUAAAUUUUGAUUUUUGGAUUUGGUUCUCACUACAGUAAUACUACUAUGAAAUGCUCUUCAAUAAAUAAACUUCAUUGUGACUGAA